AAUAAAAUAGCAAAUAGUUCUAAAGUUAAGUUUAAGAUUACAAAUUCAAAAAAAAUAUGAGGCGAUCUUCUGUUUUUCUAAUAUUUUCUUGCGCUUUAUUUUUGUACAUCGUUGAUUCAGAGGCAGGACCUGCUUGUAAUCCGGCAUGUACUAAAGAAUUAAAUCCCGUUUGUGGACGAUAUGUUAGACCCAAUGGUACAACAGAACAAUGUACUUUUGCAAAUCCAUGUUUGUUUCGUUUGCACAAAUGUCAGAUGGGAGAACCAUGGGUUUCAUCCCCAGGAGCUUGUCCCCAAAAUACUGUGGAUUGCGAAAGACAAAUUAGAGGUUAAUAGUUUUUAAGGAGUACUUACCAAUAUUAAAUUGUUUUAAAAAUAAACAGACAUUCUUAAAAUUUGUAUAUUUGUAUCGCGUGUAUGGCGAUGUUUGUAACGUUCUUAAAGAUUAGUAAUAUAUCUGAAAGUACACCAAUUGACUCAGAAUUACUUUCCGAGUCGUUUAAACGAUGUCUGUCAGUCUGUCCGAAAUCGAAGUGCUUUACGUGAGUACCUGGCAUGUUGCCCUAUCUCACGGUGGUACUUUUUCAACCAAUGGGUGAGUAAAAAGAAAACAACUCACCACUGCCCCUUUGUGUAUCUUACACGCAGGUUGCAAUUUUUGUACAUGGAUAUACCGGUCCAUGUACAAGCACUUUGCCGAGACUUUGUUCUUACUCACAGUGACACACUGUGGUAGUUUUGAUACGAACAGAGUAUACUCUUAACAUAUCUGGACAAGGAAAAUUUAAUAGUAUCAUUUGUAAAUGGUACCUUUCAUCCAUUAUCAGACAGCCCAGCACACGUCCCAUUUAUCCGACAUAUUCAUAAGAAAAAAACAUACGAAACAUUCAUUAUAGGUAUACGGGUAGGGUGAGGCCCGCAUACCCCAAUUCAUCCCGUAAUAUAUGCAAUUAAUAACAACUCAUUUCCAACGCUAAGCCCCACAGUCACUCCUCUGUGGGGUAUCUGUUGUAGUAGAAUUGUAUCUAGAUAAAAGGUCUUACAACUUAGUAUUAUACCAGUCUUGAUGACUUUGCCGAAUUUCGGAGUAAUCGGCCUCCCUUCACAAAGUCCCCUUCAGAAAGUAACUUGAAUAUUCAAAAUUCACUGUUGUAUGAGGGCUUAGUGAAAUAAUGACACAUUUUAACCAUGGAAUCUAUUAGUAGUCUCUAGUAAGUUGCAUCUUCAAAUCUAGGAGGGGUACCUACCGAAUUCUUGUAAAGUCUUUGAAUUUGAAGAAAUUAAUUAAAAUUGAGACAACUUAAUAUUUAUUUGCGAUGAAAUAAUAUCCAUUAAAGAAUUAC